ACAUUGCGGGCUUCCCGGCAUACAUCGAGGUGGGUUAUGUGGACGGAGUCGAGUUCACACACUACAACAGCGAAAGCAAGAAAGCGGAGGCUAAGCAGGACUGGAUGAAGAGCUUCGCCGUGGACAACCCUGACUACUGGGAGAUGGAGACGCAGAGAAACGUCGUCAACGAGCACGUCUUCCUAGUUAACAUCGGAAUCGCCAAGGAGCGCUUCAACCAUACGGGAGGUGUUCACAUUAUCCAGUGGAUGUUUGGCUGCGAGUGGAAUGAUGAGACCAAUGAAACGGAUGGUUGCAAUCAGCACAGCUACGACGGAGAAGACUUCAUCGCGCUGGACACCAAGACAAUGACGUAUGUUGCGGCAAAUCCGCAAGCUUUCAUCACCACUCUCAAGUGGAACCGUGACCAGGAUCGAAAAGAAUACAGGAAGCAUUACUACACCGAGAUGUGUCCCUCUUUGUUGCGGAGGCUUGUCAACUACGGGCAGAAAGUCUUGAUGAGGACAGAGCUUCCCAAGGUCUCUCUUCUUCAGAAGACGCCGUCCUCUCCGGUCACGUGCCACGCGUCGGGAUUCUACCCUCACAUGGCCGACCUUUUCUGGAGGAAAGAUGGCGAGCAGCUCCACGAGGACGUGGAUUCUGGCCAGACCCUGCCCAACCAUGACGGAACCUUCCAGAUGAUGGUGGACCUGAGACUGGAGGUGACGGAUGAGGUGGAGGGCCAGUACGAAUGUGUGUUUCAGCUGGCUGGUGUCAAGGGCGAAAUUGUCACCAAGCUGGAGAAAAGGAACAUCCUGAGCAACGCACGCAAUGAGGCAGAAACAAGGAAGAAAAUUGGCACCAUCGCUGCCUUAUUGGUGGUCGUCGCUCUGGUGGUCGUCAUUGUGGUGAUCGUCGUCGUCAUUAUGAGGCGUCUUAACCGCAGUCAUGACAUUGAAACUUCGUCUUCUAGUGACGGAGAGCUCUCAAGCGAAAGCGAACGUCAAAUGCUGAGCAAGACAAAUGGGCCAACGCAAGACGGAGAGGACGCAUUAACGGACUGCGUGCCGCUUGCCCCGGCUGGGCUGAACGACAAAGUACCGCUGUCUUAGCAGUGGGGCUGGUUCUUCAACCAAUCAGACUUCAUAUUCUCCUCACGGUGCCAUCUCGCUGGCCCGAAACAUCGUCGCCAUUUUCGUGUGGUCCGAUCGGUGGGUCACAGCAAAACAAAACGCGUAUCGUAUCUAGCAGUCAACACAGAUGAACACAUUUGACAAUUGGCAUCUUGGGAGCAGAGUAUGGCGUGUUUCAUUUAUGAUGCUUCUCCUGUUGUGAGAUGAAGAGUGAUCGUGAACUGCCCUAGUAUUUAGAUUAUUCCAUAACUGCGACAUGACGGUGGUGGUUUCCAAGAUGGAUUAAGGUGGGCAAAGCGCCAAAUUCAAGGCCCGCCAUUGCAACUAACCGACGUGGAUGAUGACACUUUCACGUUUGAUGUAAAGCAGUUUUUGAAGCCGCCACCGAACAAACACGUUGACGCACGCUCAUCGACAUGUAGUCAAAUUUCAUCAGAUCAGGUUUUCGGUUUCCACUAGUGCAGGAGUAUCUCUUUUUCUCCAUUUGAUUUUGUCUGGGACAGUCACACGUUGGAUUGAUCAAUGAACAUACCACUGAAAGACUCUGCCAAAGAAAUAGUUAGCCAUUUUAUUUUUUAUUUUUUUGCAAUUUAGUGUCCCAUUAGCCUGCCAUGCAUGUUU